CCAAUUAAUCGGUGACCCUCAAAUUCACUGUACUAAUCCAGUUUCCACAUGGAGCUCCAUGUGUUAUCCUUCCCAACUCUGUUCACCUUCUUGAUCUUUAUGUUUAUGGUACUAAAAAUGAGGAAGAAAUCCAAAACAAACCACUCAACUAUAAAUCUACCGCCAGGGCCAUGGAAGCUGCCCAUCAUAGGAAACAUGCACCAGUUUCUUGGCUCUCUACCCCAUCGUGCAUUAAGAGACUUGUCCAAGAAACAUGGACCUCUGAUGCACCUUCAACUAGGAGAAGUUUCCACCAUUGUGAUUUCAUCUCCAGAGUUCGCCAAAGAGGUGAUGAAAACCCAUGAUAUAAUCUUUGCAUCAAGACCCAGUAUUCUAGCUACAAAGAUUCUGUCAUAUGGUUCUACAAACAUCGCCUUUGCACCAUACGGCAAUUACUGGAGACAACUACGAAAGAUUUGCACGCUAGAGCUUCUAAGUUUAAAACGUGUUGAAUCUUACCGACCAAUUAGAGAAGAAGAGGUAUCUAGUCUCAUCAAAUGGAUUGCUUCGAAAGCAGGAUCUCCCAUCAAUCUCACCGAGGAAGUCUCCUCAACAAUAAGCGGCAUCAUUUCAAGAGCGGCCUUUGGUAAGAAAUGUCAAGAACAAGAAACAUUCAUAUCUGUUGCAAAGGAAGCAUUUGAGGUGGGUGGAGGUUUCAAUAUUGCAGAUGUGUUUCCUUCUUUUCAUCUGCUUCAUCUGAUCAGUGGGGUGAGGACUAAACUUGAGAGGUUGCAUCGAGAAGCUGACAGAAUAAUGGAAAACAUCAUUAAUGAACACAAGGCACAGGCAAGAACGAAAGCAGCAGAGGAUGCAACAGCAGAAGAUUUGGUGGAUGUUCUGUUAAAAUUUCAGGAGCAUGGUGAUAGUGAGUUUUCCUUGACUACCGACAACAUCAAAGCUGUUAUCUUGGACAUUUUCAGUGCUGGGAGUGAGACAUCAGCCACAACCCUGAAUUGGGCAAUGUCGGAAAUGAUAAAACAUCCAAGGGUGAUGAAGGCGGCACAAGACGAGGUAAGAGAAGUCUUUGAUAGGAAAUGGGUGGUUGAUGAAACAGCCAUUACCGAGAUGAAAUAUUUAAAGGCAGUUGUUAAGGAGACCCUGAGAUUGCACCCUCCGGGACCCCUGUUACUUCCUAGAGAAUGUAGCGAGAGUUGUGUAAUUAAUGGGUACGAAAUUCCUGUCAAAACUAAAGUCCUCGUUAAUGUAUGGGCGAUAGGAAGAGAUCCCAAAUAUUGGAGUGAGCCUGAGAGGUUUGAUCCAGAGAGGUUCCUGGAUAGCUCUAUCGACUAUAAAGGGACCAAUUGGGACUAUCUCCCAUUUGGAGCCGGGAGGAGGAUUUGUCCAGGCAUUGCGUUUGGGUUGACUAAUGUUGAGCUCCCACUUGCACUGUUUUUGUACCAUUUUGAUUGGAAGCUUCCCAAUGGAAUGAGACAUGAGGACCUGGACAUGACUGAGUUCUUUGGCGUUGCAGUUAGAAGAAAACAUGAUCUGAACUUGAUUCCAAUCCUCUGCCGGUUGAAUAAGCUAAGUCAACCUCAAAGUUCAAACCUUUAAUUACUGCUUCUGAAAGGAUGAUGCUGAAGUGUUA